AUUCCAAACUUGCUGGAGUUCCAUCCGUUCAAGUAUUCUGUAGCCCAACCAGUUAAAGGCAAUAACAACAUCAACAGUCCGAUACUAGAAACUUGUGCCGGUGCCGAAACGACGACGUCAAACAUGCCUCCGCGCCGUGGCGGUCCCGGCGGCGCCGAGACUGGCACCGCUGCUGCCGAUGCUGCUGCUGCCUCAACCCCUGAGCAGGGGAAACCCGCCACCUUCCCCGCAGCUGCGGCCGCGGAGCGCCAGCUGGUUGUACCUACCAUUGCCCCCGCGCGCCGCGCGGUGCUGCUGGCGUCGCUUGCGGACGCGGGGGUGUCGACCUCGGCUGCUGCAGGCGGGAUCCGGCGCCGGGGCCGCGCGGAUUCAGGCGAGCUGUCGGAGGAGGGGAGCGAUGACGAUGAAUCAGACCCCGACGUGUUUGGCAAUCUCAAGGCGGCGCUGGUGUGGGACUGCGCGGGGCGGCGGCUGUGUGUGAGCGCGCGGCAGUACAUGGAGACGGGGCGCAAAGUGGAGGUGAAGGCCAAGGGGCUCAUCGACACGGCGGCGGGCCAGCACAGGGUGUGGGGCCACGUGCGCCGCAACUUCUACACACACGUGCCGCUGCUGCAGCGGCUGCUGGUGGCCCAGACGCAGCGCGGUGCGGGCGGCUGGGUGGAUGAGCCCAACCUGGACCCGGAGGCAUUCCUGCCGGGCGGCCUGCGCUGCCUGCUCUUCCAGGACUGGUGCAUCGCGCCGGGGCUGUCCUACGAUACAGCCCGCUCGCCGCCGGUGGCCGCCGCCGCGGCCGGCAGCGCCCCCGCCGCCGCCGCCAGCAACAGCAGCAGCGGGCCUGCUCCUGGUCGUGCGGGCCUGGCCUCGCUGGUGGGGCAGCGGGUGCGGUACCAGCUGGCCAUCAAGAAGAACCCGCAGGUGCUGCGCAACAGCUCCACCGCGGACGUGUGGGUGGCGGCCAAGGCGCUGGCCGAGUUCGACGCCAAGGCCUCAGAGGUGACUCUGGGCGGCUCCAUCCGGCUCAAAGCCAUCCGCUACGGUGUGACGGGCGGCGGCCAGGACCUGCGGCUGACGGCGGGGCUGGACCUGCUGCACGACGACAGCGGCAAGCUGGCCAAGCUGCCGUACCUCCACGUCAGCGACGGCAAGCUGGGCGCCAAGCUGCAGCUGCGCCGCUGGACCGUCACCUACACGCUGUGAGGCGACGACAAUGAUGUUUGUGGAACGUAUGUGUGGUGUGAUUUGCCGUGGCAGGGCUGUGGUGUGCUGAGGCAAGUGGCAUUCCUGUUGCGAACGUUCCAGCAACGUUCGGGUUGAGGUGGGCGGGGGCGGCAUGCGGUGCGGUUUGGUGGGGCGCAGGCACGCCGCGUUUGAAAGACGGCGUGCUCCGCUGCACAGCGCUUGCCACAACGCCAUGAUAUGCGCCGGAUGCUUUUUAGAAGCAGGUGCGGAGGCGCUGUAGUAAGGCUGCUUAAGACGGUGGGAUGCUCCCGGCAUCUACAUACAACAGUAACAGUUGGUGCGGCAUCUUCACAAGGAUGUCCGUAUCAAGUGUGCUGAUUGCCGGUGAUAGAUCAUCAUCGACUUGGCUGGGUUUGCGCUAGAUCUUGAUCAUGAGUAAUGAUGCCUGCUGCCUCAAGGGCAUGCCCUGCCAGCCUGCUUACUCGUGAUGGAACAUGGCAAGGGGCAGGAAAGCGUAGUCCCGAUGUGUGUGGCUCCCACCCGUGCCCACAUAAAUGCGUAGCAAGAAGGGACAAGGCAUUGGUGCGUCGUUCGCGCGCUGUUACUGUACCGACGGUAGCUGGCAGGUUGUGUCGAUGUUUUGCUGACGCGCAUUCCUCACGCUCCGGGCGCCCGGCCAAGGCGAUAGCACCACACAGACUCAAUGCGACGCCACACCGCGCGGAUAGCAUAGCCGAUGCGCACCUGCAGGCAGUCGACCGGCGUCCACGGAUGAGCUGUGUAGACGAGCACUAGCGUAAUGCAACGGCGUGCAGCAAAACAAUGGCCGGGCGACAGUGUGACAAGCAGGGGCAAGAACAAGGCGAAGCAAAGCAGAAGAGGGGCCCGAAUGUGUACGACAAUUGUGGCGGGCAGGCCGAAUGCGGUGCAACACGCCAACAACACAACCGGAGGUGAGGAAGCGUUGCUGAUGGCGAGGAUAGGUGCUGCGACGUUCGGUAGGGGAGCUGUGGCCGCGCACUAGAUGGGAGGAAGUUUCCGAGGUGUUGUUUCCGAGGCAUUGUUUGUGGCUGAUGUUUGUGGCUGAUUAAGAAAGAAGCAGAG